CACAUUUGCUUUGGGGCUUGUUCGAUUCUUGAAUGAGCGUCAUGAAAGCAAAGACAACAACAUACAACAAUUCAAGCAACAGCUUGUAUUGCAAGAUUGGGAACUCGCACUCAGUUGCUUUGAGAAAGUAUUGGUCUUGAUACGCUAUGGUAUUCAAAAAAAUAUAUAUACAAACAAUAGCUUGGACGAACCAAAAGGUACGGUCUAUUUCAUCAACAUCAUAGAGACUGAAUCAUGAAUAGACUGGCAAUCACGUAUGCUCUUGUUUCCCUUGAUAAAAAAGCCAUUCAAAGUACCUUCUAGCCUUAUCCACCUCACGGGUGAAUUACAUGGUACAUUUGAAAAACAAGACGACUAUGGCCAUACCAACGGAUUAUAUUCUUUGUUCCUUGCAUGUAAACUAUCACCUAGAAUGACAGACAGACUAUUCCAGUAUGCUUCUGAAUGGACACACAAUACCUUGUUUUUAUACAAGCAUCCCUUUGAAGCCAGUUUUGUUCAGCGAUUAUUAGAGCAUGUACUUCAUCCUCAACAUUACUCAAGCGUGUCUACAGAAUAUCCUCAUUUGUUGCAGCAUUUCCUUGGUCAACUGUAUGAUUCCUUUGACUGCUAUACACUGUUAAGAGACUAUGAACACUAUGAACCUCAAGCAUCUCUCUUGCCUAUCAUUCAAAAACUCAAUCAACAAGAUAUGCGACUCUUUUACAGUGUAUUGUAUACAGUUCAACUCUUAAAAAACCAGAAAAAGGAGUGUCUAGACAAGGAAGACAGAUAUUAUGCAACCAGUCUGAUCAAAGUACUUCAGGGCUUAAAAAACUGGCAUCAAUUGAGUCAUUCAGGUCGAUAUGUGUCCUAUGCUGCCUUAAGAAAGACGGUUAAAUCACUUUCUGCUUCUGAACUCUAUUACCCACUCUUGAUUACACCUGAUUCCAUCUCAGAGCGAGCAUUGUCUGUGUUGACCUUGUUCUAUAUGUGUCUGGCAUGCGACAAGAAGGACCCAUUCGUGUAUGACAGUCUGAAACGAUUCAUACUACAGAUCAUGGAAGGAUUGAUUGACAAUCCCAGUCGUCAACAGUUUGCCAAAAUGGUACAGCAACAACCCAAGAGUAGAAUCACACAUUGGAAAAAGAAAUCUAAGUCAGGUGAUUAUGUAGCGACAAUGAAGAUAAGACCCUUAUUUGUACCUGAAGAACAAGCCUUAUUAUCGCCCGUAUUCAUUCAAGACUUAUUCCAAACUCAACUGACACAACAGAAAGAUACCCUCUAUUUUAUAUAAAUCAAGCGUGCACGGGCCAAUCAAAAUAAAGUCGGAAAUGCGAGUGGGAUGCCUUCUUUUUAUUUUUUCAUGCUGACUGAAACACGCCUAUUUCUGCUUGAUGGGACUGUCUAGAAUAUGCGGAGAUGACAAGAUAAAAAAAAUAAAAAUAAAAGUAAGGGUUCAUCACCCUAUUGGUGAAAUGUGGUAGAAAAAGUGG